AUGUCUAGCAACCCUGCCUCCGACAUCCACAUUGCCCGAGUGGCACAAUCCGUCUUCUUGGCAGUUCAAUGGACGUUCACGGGCGUCUCCUUGCUAUUCAUCCUUUUUCGUCUGGGUGUACGCCUAAAUAUACAUCGACAAUUUCACAUCGAUGACCUCCUCGUGGUGCUCGCAUGGGCCAUUCUCCUGACGACAACUAUAAUAUGGCAGAUCAAGUCAUUUACUCUAUAUCAAUUUUACGAUAUUCAAAAUGGUAAAGGGCAAUGGUCAGAGGCCUUUGCGCAGAAAUACAGUGACUUCAUGAAGUUUAUUGCACCUUUGACUAUCCUUUUCUACACGGGCCUGCUUUGCAUUAAGUUGUCGUUCUUGGCUUUCUUCUACAAGUUGGGGUCAAAGAUCAAGAGCCAUCGCAUCUGGUGGUGGAUCGUCCUUGGUGCCACUGCUGGGGUUUGGAUUGCCUCCGUGGCGGAUAUUGACUAUCAGUGCAGUUUUGGAGGGUUGAAGUUCAUCAUGGCCAACUGCGGCGCGCUCGACCACGUCCACUACCAGAAUCGCACCUUCUAUGCCAACUGUGCCGGUGACGUCAUAACAGAUCUAAUGACUACAAUUCUAUCCAUCCCCGUCCUUAUCCUCUGGGAAACGCGGAUCUCGUUCAGAAAGAAAGUCAUUCUCAUCGGCGUUUUCUCAGUUACUGUGGUGGUCAUGACUAUUGCCGUCAUCCGCGUUGCUGUCAAUAACUCGCCAGACCGCAACACCGACGUCUCGUGGCUUUACUUUUGGAGCUUCAUUGAAAUGGGUACGGCCAUUUUAGUGGCAUGCGUCGCUUCAUUUAGACAGCUCUUCGUGACAGCGCAGAACCAGCACCUUUACGGGAACACACCUCUGAGGGGCAACGGGAGAUUCUCCUUUAAGCUGUCGAGCUGGCGCCUCUUGCGCAGUCACUCACAUUCUCGACAGGUACGGAACUUUGGUCGGCGUCUGUCUACAGCUACUCGUGUUGGUAAUACAUUCGCGCCGAAAAAAGAGGACAUCUUAAUCACGCCGCUUGACUAUGAAGCUGGGACUGCAUAUGGGUAUGAUGAGACGGAUGUUAUGAGUCUAAGGGUGAAUACAAACGAUCGGGAGCAACAGCGAGAGCGAGAGCAGGUUUAA